AUGAUUGGUUUUUAUCGGUCUUUCUUGGUCAUCGGCCUUGGGGUUUUGGUUUCGGCAGCGGACUUCUCCCUAUUCGGUAUUACCAUCGACAUUCCCCUGGAGCGAUCGUGCGGAAAUAACAACCGUGAUGUACGGAAGGAAUGGGGAGAGUUGAAGCGAGCUGAGAGGAUCGACUAUACUAAUGCAGUGUUAUGUAUGCAAGGGAAGCCCCAACAUCUUCCAAGAGAAGAGUACCCAGGAGUUCGGAACCGGUUCGAUGAUUUUGUGGCCACCCAUAUCAACUACACACUCAAUGUCCACCUUAGUGGUCUUUUCCUCCCAUGGCACCGUCACUUCCUCUGGCUCUGGGAGAGAGCCCUGCGGGAAGAGUGUGGUUACCCUGGACAUCUCCCGUAUUGGAACUGGCCAUUAUGGUCAGAGAAUCUAAAGGCCAGCCCUCUCUUCGAUUGCAGCGACAGCUCCCUCUCCGGUGACGGGGAGUACAACCCGGGCGAGCAAAGCCUCUCGGGCGGCGCCGUAACCAUACCACGCGGAUCGGGCGGCGGCUGCGUGCGAUGCGGACCCUUCAAAGACAUGCAAAUCCACAUGGGGCCGUUUGACCGGAACAUCGUCUCAUUCGCCAAACUCCCCGCCCCAGGCUUCGACUACAACCCGCGCUGUUUGAACCGAAGUCUGAACAAUUUCGUCAGUAGCAACUACGACAACGAGACCAUCGUCGACAGACUCCUGGCCGCACCCAACAUGUCCGAUUUCCAAACUGUCAUGGACUAUUGGCCCGCACGACCCAAGGGGGUGUUGGGUGUUCACGGUGGCGGGCAUUUCAGCCUCGGGGCCACCCUCCAAGACCUAUUUACGUCGCCGCAAGACCCGGCUUUCAUGCUGCACCACGGUAUGAUCGAUCGGUUGUGGAGUAUCUGGCAGGCGAAGGAUGAGGACCAUCGUCGGUUCGCACUUAACGGUACGAAUAUGCUCCUCAACCCGCCGAAUGCGACACUUGUCACGGUCGAUAUGGAGAUGGAAUUCGGUGUUCUUGAUCGGCCUCGGUCGGUCGGCGAGGUUAUGGAUCCGACUAGAUACGGGUAUUGUUAUUCGUAUAGUUGA